AUGUCUUUAGCAUGUCCUGGGGAAGGUCCUCCACAGAUGCGCAAGAUGUUUAUCGGAGGACUCAGUCACGAAACAAGUGAUGAUGCGUUGCGUGUGUAUUUCACGCAAUGGGGUCCUGUAGUCGACGCCAUUGUGAUUCGAGACCCCACCACGAAACAGUCGCGUGGUUUCGGUUUCGUCACUUUUGCCACUAUUGCUAGUCUCGAAGCGGCUAUGGUGGAUCGACCUCAUGUUAUUGCUGGAAAAACGGUGGAUUCGAAACGUGCGAUUCCUCGUGAACAGAUGACACCACUUUUCCCACCACCAUUCUUCUCGUGUGAGCAAUCACCCGGUUGCAAACUUUUGCUAUCAGGUAGUUGCUUUUGCUUGUGCGUUGUUCCUACGCUCACAGUUUCACAGCUUCACAGUGAUGAUUCAGUUAUACAGUCUUUUCGAAGCUGA